UUUCACUUGGAGCUGUUUAGCUUGAGGUCACACGAGCCGAAAAAAACCAGGUUUGUGGAGGAAACCUUAAUUCUUAGACUUUUGAUAUUCCUCACGGCCAACUCCACUCCACAAUUCUGCAACACCACGAAUACGCUCCAGCCAUGACGUUGAAAAUAUCUCGCAUCCAGCGGUUGAGUGCCGUCAUCGGCAUUUCGUUUUGUUUCUUCCUUGCUGAGAUUUCAGUUGGGUUCUACACACAUUCUCUGGCCCUGGUGGCUGAUGCUUUUCACUAUCUAAAUGAUCUGGUCGGCUUCAUCAUCGCCCUCGUCGCGGCAAUCGUAGCCGAGCGAACCGAUCCUCCCAAGGCACUCACGUUUGGCUGGCAACGGAUUCAGCUGCUAGGCGCCUUUUUCAAUGGAGUCCUACUAUUCGGUCUGGGCAUUAGCGUCUUCUUGCAAUCCAUCGAGCGGUUUAUUUCUUUGCAAGAGGUUGAAACCCCCAAGCUCGUCCUGAUCAUGGGUUGCGUGGGCUUUGGCCUGAAUCUCAUCAGUGUGCUCUUCUUGCACGAACACGGUCAUGACCAUGGCGAUGGCCAUAGCCACGGCCACAGCCACGAGCAUGAUCAUGGCCAUAGCCAUAGCCAUACCCAUGGCACAGACAGCGGCGAGGGCUCCGCACCCGAAGCCUCUACAGACACAGAUCCAGAUUCCAUCGGCCUAAUGGAUGAAAAGCACAUCCACCACAAACACCAUGUACAUGCACAGAAAGCCUCCCGCAAACCACAUCGAGAUCUCGCCAUGAUGGGCGUGCUCAUCCACGUCAUCGGCGAUUGCGCAAAUAAUCUCGGAGUCAUCAUCGCAGCAGCAGUAAUCUGGUUCGCCAACUACGGUGGUCGAUUCUACGCCGAUCCAGCCGUGAGCAUGGGCAUCGCCAUUAUGAUUUUUAUUUCCUCCAUCCCACUCAUCAAACACUCCGGCCUAAUCCUCCUCCAAAGUGCCCCCCAAGGCGUCGACCACGACGACGUCAAACACGACCUACAAAAAGUCCCUGGCGUCCUAGCAGUCCACGAACUCCACAUAUGGCGCCUGAAUCAGACCAAAUCCCUCGCCAGUGCGCACGUGGUUCUCGACGGCGAUAUCAUUUCUGAUUUCGAUAGUCUCGCCAAGACGAUUCGGGAAUGUUUCCAUGCAUACGGGAUUCAUUCUGUGACGCUUCAGCCGGAGAUUCAUACUAGUCGGCAAGUUUCGACGGUGGGUCAGGCUACGCAUAGCUCGGGGGUGGAUACGGGGAUUGUGGAAGGGGAGAGUAGUAACAAGAGGCGGCCAAGUCUUGAGUGGGUGAGUAAUCAGUGUCAGACUGGUUGUGGGAGUUUGUGUUUGGAUUUGACUUGCUGUCGUUGACGGGGCCCGCGAUUGGGGAAGGAAAGAAGUAGCGAGGACAUGAGGUUGCAGGCUGUAACUGCAAAAAUUGUACGGAUAGGAGAAACGAUCAACACGGAACACACAGGAUUGCAUGAUGCAAAUAAACUCGAG